ACGUCAAGCGGGGGAAGAGGGCGGUUCUUUUCAGAGACUUACAAGUUUAGAGUCAGGAAAGUUUGAAACUCAUGUGUGAAGCGUGUAAUUUCGCAGCCCCCCGACCUGAGGAAAUUUUAACGGCAGCAGUUUCUCCUGAGUGACUAUGGAAGCAGCUAAAGGAGACGAGCAGACUGCGGAGCGUGUUGCAGCUUUGCUGGGUUCAGGACAGCAGGAGAAACGUGCGGACGGUGGUAACAGCAGAAAGUCAAAUAAGAAUUUAAUCAUUGGCGGGGUUCUCCUCCUCUGUCUGACGGCCAUUGUCCUGGGCCUGGCCUUCGCUCUAAGACAGCGCUGUGAUGCGGCAGCAAUGAGUUGUAGGGGGAAGUGUGUGUCCGGUCGGGACUCAGGUGCCCCGUGUCACUGUGACGCGGCGUGUGUGAAUGAAGGCAGCUGCUGCCUGGACUAUAAGGAAGUGUGUGUCGAAGCAAGUCAACGCUGGUCAUGUUCCAAAUUCCGCUGUGGUGAAGAAAGGUUGAACCAAAGCCUCUGCUCCUGUUCUGAGGACUGCCUUACUGUGGGUGACUGCUGCACUGACUACCUCCCCACAUGUCAAGGAGGGACGCGCUGGCAGGAAGACGGCUGUGAGGAGUUGGAGGGUCCACAGUGUCCAGAAGGUUUCUCCAGGCCCCCUGUCAUACUGGUGUCACUGGAUGGUUUCAGAGCAGGUUACCUGAAAGCCUAUGGCAGUCUGCUACCUGUGCUCAGCAAAUUAAGAAAGUGUGGCACUUCGACUCCAUACAUGCGUCCAGCCUAUCCCACCAAGACCUUCCCCAAUCACUACACUAUAGUGACCGGUCUGUAUCCUGAGUCUCAUGGGAUCAUUGACAAUAAAAUGUAUGACGUGACCCGCAAUGCCACCUUCAGUUUGAAAGUCGCCGAGAAGUUCAACCCAGACUGGUACCAAGGAGAACCAGUGUGGCUCACAGCUAUGCAGAACAACCUGAGGACUGGAACCUUCUUCUGGCCUGGAUCUGACGUCCCGAUUCAGGGCAAAUACCCACAUUUCUUCAAAAUGUAUGACAGGAGUAUCGUGUUUGAGAAGAGGGUGGCCACAGUACUGCAAUGGAUGAGUUUACCCCGCAGACAAAGGCCAGACUUCUACACCUUAUACCUGGAAGAACCAGAUUCCUCAGGCCAUCAAUAUGGGCCCAUGAGCAGUCAGGUCAUUGCAGCUCUGAUGAACGUGGACCGGAUUCUGGGCCUUCUGAUGGAUGGUCUGAAAGAGAGGAACCUGCACAAAUGUGUGAACUUGGUUGUUGUCUCGGAUCAUGGAAUGGAGGAAGCAUCCUGUAAGAAGGCGGCGUACGUGUCGUCGUACCAAGAUAACAUUGGUGAUUUCACGGUCAUCCAAGGUCCCGCCGCCAGGAUUCGACCCAAACGGCUUCCUGAGGAGUUUUUCACAUUUGACUAUGAGGGCUUGGUGAAGAAUUUGUCGUGCAGGGCUGCUGACCAGCCGAUGAGACCCUAUCUGAAGGAGCACCUGCCAAAGCGACUGCACUUUGCUAACAAUGUGCGGAUAGAGAGGGCCCAUCUGUACAUGAAAGAACAGUGGCAGGCUGCGCUUCAACCAAAGGAGAUAAAAUACUGCCUCGGUGGGUUCCAUGGCUCAGAUAACGUCUUCAAAAACAUGCAGUCUAUAUUCAUUGGCCAUGGCCCAGGGAUGAAGUUUAAGACGUCUGUGGCUCCUUUUGAAAGUAUUGAAGUCUACAAUCUCCUUUGUGAUUUGAUGGGUAUUGCCCCUGCACCGAACAACGGGACACAUGGCAGUCUGAAUCACCUUUUAAGAAACCCACCAUACACACCCGUCUACCCCGCCGAACUGUCCCCGGCCUCCACCUGCAUCGCCCGUGGACCCGCUCCCACCGACCCCCUGGGCUGCUCCUGUCCCUCCCUGUCUGAGGACGAGGUGAAGACUCUUAACCAGAGAAUCGUGAACUCAAACUUGGAUUCAGAGCUGAAAACUCGACAUUUGCCCUACGGAAUCCCACGGGUUUUGCAGGAGAAGGCCGAUUACUGCUUCCUACCGCACGCAGACUACGUCAGCGCGUACAGCAAAGACUUACACAUGCCCCUGUGGGUGGCAUACUCCAUCCGUCCACUGACAGUGGUUCAGGCGUUGAAUUUUGAGACUGAGGCGUGCGUUCGUGCGGACGUCCGUGUCCAGCCGAGCGUGAGCCAGCAUUGUUCUACAUACAGACAACACCCUCGACUCACUUACAGCUUUUUGCACAUGCCCAAUCUGGCUCCACAGGACACUCGCCCCGAUUCUCUCCUCACCAGUAAUAUGGUACCAGUGUUCCCAGUUUUCAAAGGUAUCUGGGAUUAUUUCCACACCGUCCUGCUGGUGAAGUACUCUCGCAAACUGAACGGGGUCAACGUCAUGAGUGGACCCAUUUUUGACAAGAAUUAUGACGGGACCUACGACAUGAUGACAACCACAACACUGAGUGAAGUUCCUGUCCCCACACACUUCUUUGUGAUCCUGACGAGCUGUAGGAACUCGUCCUUUACGCCAGAGAGGUGUGAAGGCCCACUGGAGGCCACAGCGUUUGUUCUUCCUCAUAGAGACGACAGCACAGAGACCUGCACUAACGGGACAGACCAUAGCUGGGUCGAGGAAUGGGCACAGUUCCACGUGGCCCGCGUGCGUGACAUCGAACUCCUGACUGGGCUGAGCUUUUACCACGACCGAAUAUCUGUCACAGAAACACUGCAGCUCAAAACCUUUUUACAAACCUUCUAGUGCCUUGUCUCCAUCCAUCUACCAUCCAUCUGUCCAUCCUCCAUCUGUCCAUCCUCCAUCCUCCAUCCAAAGAAAAGCAACUAGGAAACAGCCAUGAAGUGUUUGUGUGAAUGGACUGCAGACCUGCUAAAACAGAAGAAUCCUCAAAACCAGGACAGCAAAACCGCCUCAGAACAACAACAACAAAACCGCUUCAAAACAGCAACAAAACCGCAUGAGAAAAGUAUUUGAUUUUUGAGAGAUGUGUUUUUUUUGUAAGGGAAGUAUACAUAUUUAGACAGAGGGAUGUAACGAGACCAUAUGUGAGGUUAGGUUAUUUCUGAGAUAAGGACAUUUCAGGAAACUGCAGGCAUUUUGGGACUUUUCACUGAGGGACUUUGGUUGGUUUGUGUCUCAGUGCAAAAGGGACUGUGACCAAGCACACACAGGACUUUCCAUAUGGACCAGAUACCUUUGGACUUGGGAUGGACUUGACCUGCUCUACAUACUGCAUUCUGCAUAAGUCACAGUGUUAUUUACCAAAAGGCCCAUUAUGUCACUGUAUAUUUAAAAUAUUUCAACUGUUUUUUAUAUAAAGAUGAGGGAAAAUUAAAUUCUUUAAAUUCUGUA